CCGUCAUCACCUGUUCCAAUCUGCUAGACAUAAAUUCUGUUUACUCCGAUUCCCACCAACGCAUAUCAUCAUGGUUCAACUAUUGGCUUUGUUGUUGGUUUCAGCUCGACUGGCUUUCUGCCAUGUUACUUCGGGGCGCACCAAACAUGGCUUCAUUGGAUAUGGAAUUGAUAUGUACAAGCCGCCAUGUGCGUUUUCGUGCCGUAGCAUCAUCUCAGGAGCAAUGUUGAAUUGCAGUGUCAUGGAGGGGGGAGAAGAUUCGAUGGCCGGAAUGGCUGGCAUGGAUAUGGGGGCGGAGUUCACGACAUCGCCCGAAUGCUAUGCUACCGACGACUCAUUCCUUCAGACAUUGGCAUAUUGCAUGUCAACACAUUGUUCCGGUGUCAGUGAAUGGAAACUCGAGCAGAGUCAUAUGCAACGACGCUGUCCAGAGUGGCUAAUGCACCAACGGAGAUGUUCAUGGGGGAUGAGUUGAACAGAACAAUGCUGAUAUCAGAGACUGACUACCGUAUCAAUUCCAAGACCCUCAUCACUUUUGAAAAUAUCGAGUCGACCCAUUAUAUAAGCUAAAUAAUAAUACUAAAUGAAUAAGGCA